CAAUCAUCCCUGUCCGUCCGCGUAUUGAACGACACGUCUGGCACACACGCGUAGAUCCGUCGAAAGAAACGUGGCAUAAGAUUGUCCAAAUAACUCUUGCAUUAGUAAUCAAAGAGGGAAACACUACGAUGCGUCGAACGACGGAUCACCGUAAAGUUGUAAACAGAUAGUUUUUAUUAACGAAAACGAAAAAAUUGGGCGGAAGAGAGGUACUGAAAAAAAAAAAAAUCUUUUUGAUCGAGAGAGGUACUAAAAUCAAGGCACUCAAAAUCGAAGCGAGCGGACGGUGAGGAAAAAAAGGUGGGAGUGGGAAGUGCGGCGGACGCCGACGACUGAUCCACUCGGCUCCUCUUCCGCUCCCUUUCGCGAUGGUGUCUCUCUCGACGUGGGUUCGCUACGCCGCCACCAAGUUCGAGUACUCCGUCGUCCUCGGCUGGAAGAAGUAUAAUGUAGGUCAAAUCAAUGGAAGAGAGUUAAGUGAUGCUAUUUGGGAAAAAUUUUUCCAAGGCAAGCUGACCUUCUUUCAUUGGAAUAAAGGAGAAGAAAUGGCACCUACUGUUGCUGGAGAUGGAGGAACUCUUCUUGUCAGAAAACUGCCUUUUCCAGCUCCAACGCAAGUCUUUGUGGGCGAUGUUGUUUUGUUAAAAGAUCCUGAGAAAUCUGAUGAUUAUCUUGUUAGACGAUUGGCUGCCAUAGAAGGGUAUGAGAUGGUAUCCGCUGAUGAGAAAGAUAUGCCAUUUAUUUUAGAGAAGGAUCAGUGUUGGGUGCUGUCAGACAAUGAAUCUUUAAAGCCAAAGCAGGAAGCCCGGGACAGUCGUUUGUUUGGUCCUGUUCCCAUGACUGACAUUGUUGGUAGAGUAGUCUAUGCUUUGCGGUCAGCUGUCGAUCAUGGUCCAGUACUGAACAGUCGUCCGGCAAUGAAACAAGAUUCAUCCGUGUUGGCGGUGGAGUUGGAUGUCGAUGAGAUGACAAAGAGUACUAAAAUGUAGGACACGUUCCAGGAUCUAUAACCUUUCAAAUGGCUCCUAUUAUCUGGGUGCUGUUGAUUCUUGGAAAGAACACCAGUGAAAGUCCUUCGAUGUUUUGCUGGGUGAGAAGAGGAUUUGUCUGCAAUUUUCAUCUGUUGGCUAAAGUUUAUGCGGGCUGCUAAAUAUUAAUUUUGAUUCCACAUCAGAGAUCUGGUAGGCAGCAGUAUAAGUUCAUCCUAUGAGCUUUUUAAGUAUAAAGUUUCCAGUCCAGGUACAAUUUUGAAAGUAGACAAGUUCUGUUUUGCUGUGUAUUUGAGAAGUUCAUCAAACUAAAUGCAUGUGCAUGAUUUAAAUGCAUGUGCAUGAUUUAAAUGCAUAUGCAUGUAAUAAUUUCAUUUAUACUAUUGAAGUCUUCUGGCUUGAUCAAUGACCAGAACUGUGAGACAAUCGGGCGUAUCCACCUGGCUUUUAAC